AUGAAUUUCAAUUUCGGUGCCAUUACUUGUGUCUCUUGUAAAGCCUUUUUUCGCAGGAAUUCAAAUAAAUUUAAGGAUUUGAAGUGUCAUUUCGGAGACAAGUGUGAGAUAAGUUUAUUGACCCGAAAAUUCUGCCAAAGAUGUCGUCUGAAGAGGUGUUUUGGCGUCGGAAUGAAAAUUGAUCUAAUGCUUACCGAAGACGAGAAACGCCAAUACAACAUAUCGGAGCCUAUUAUCAAUCAGUGUUCAGCAGUGGUUCCCAUAUCGAGACCAUUGACUGACUAUCGAAACAAUUUCAACGAAUUAGAGGGAAAUAAAUUGACCGAAAUAUUGUUCGCAACGGAUCUAAUACAAGAGCCCAUCAGUGAAGUGACGUCUAUUAUCAACGAUAUGUUAGAAUAUAGAGUAAAACUUACGUAUAAAUUCACAAAAGAGAUAUUAAACUUUCCCAAACUAACCAAUAAUGUGCAGGCCUUUAACCAGCUCUGCCAGAAUGAUAAAAUAGCCCUGGUCAAGUAUGGGGCCAUCGAGAUAAUUAAUGUGCGUUCGGCACUCCUUUUUGACACAAGCACACAAUGUUGGUCCUUUAAUACUGACGAGAAUAACGCGUCUUUACUUCACUUGGAUUUGCUUAAGAACGAGAGGAACAAUGUUUACGAGGCGUACAAAACAUUUCUCACUAAAUUCAUACCCGCCGUAGACAACGACCCACUUAUUAUGAACUUGUUCACGGCGAUCCUCUUGUUUAACCCGAAUCGUCCAAAUCUCAGACAUAAACAGUUGGUUAAACUUCAACAAAAAUCAUACCUCCAUUUACUUCAACGCUAUUUCCUAUUAAAAUAUCGUUCAGACAGUGAAAUGAGGGCAAAGUUCACGGCUUUAAUGAAUAUAAUGCCAGAUAUUUGUGUCUUAAGUGGUAUACUGUGGAGGAAUGGCGUGGAAUCUGAGCCUCAGCUCAUGGGACCACUUCUUAGCGAGAUUUUUGAUAAAUGAUUGC